AUGAAGCCCGUCUCGCUCUUGGCCAUUGCGGCCACACUUAUUCAGAGAGUAGCAGUGUAUGCUCUAUUAUUACCACGUAACAAUGAUGCACCGAGAGUGCUCAGUUUGGAAACUCAACGCCGGACGCCACGGAACCCAGCCCAUAGGGACAAGCUCAGGAAACGGGACACUUUGGAGGUCGGCUUGGACAACGAGGAAACCUUGUACUUCAUCAAUGGCACCAUCGGCACGCCCCCAAGGCCAGUGAGGCUGCACAUCGACACAGGCAGCAGCGAUCUAUGGGUCAACACGCCUGCCUCCAAGCUCUGUGCAUCAGGAGGCAACCCCUGUGCAUACGCCGGCACGUACGAGGCCAACUCGUCCUCGACCUACGAGUACAUUGCGAGCAACUUCAACAUCUCGUACGUCGACGGCAGCGGUGCAACCGGGGACUACGUCGCCGACACCGUCACCAUCGGCAGCCAGAGGCUCAACCGCCUCCAAUUCGGCAUCGGCUACUCGAGCACCAACGCCCAGGGCAUCCUCGGCGUCGGCUAUCCGCUCAACGAAGUGCAGGUCAACCGUGCCCGCCUGCAGCCCUACAGCAACCUGCCCGCCCAGCUGGUCGCCGAGGGCGUGAUCCAAUCCAACGCCUACUCCCUCUGGCUGAACGACCUCGACGCCAACACAGGCAACAUCCUCUUCGGCGGCGUCGACACCGACAAAUACAUUCCCCCCCUCCAAUCCCUCCCCAUCGAAUCCACCACCGGCGUACACGGCGAGUUCAUCAUAACCCUCACCAACCUCCAUCUCGGCAACCGCACCAUCGGCCGCAACAGCGAGCUAGCCAACCCGGCCGCCACCGGCGGCGGCAACGGCAACAGCCACAGCAACAACCCGCUCGCCCUCGCGGUGCUCCUCGACACAGGCUCCUCACUCACCUACCUCCCAGACGACCUCGUCUCCGAGCUCUACACCCUCCUCGGCGCCGUGUACAACGCGACCGCCAACGCCGCCUACAUCGCCUGCUCGGCGGCGCGCAGCCCGCCCCCCAACGCCACCCACCUGACCUUCACCUUCUCCGCCCCGGCCAUCGCCGUGCCCCUCGACGAGCUCGUCCUCGACCUGGUCACCGCCGCCGGCGUCCGCCCCACCUUUGCGGAUGGCACCCCGGCCUGUUUGUUUGGCAUCGCCCCGGCGGGGGCGGGGACCUACGUGUUGGGGGAUACGUUUUUGCGGUCGGCUUAUGUGGUCUAUGAUUUGGAGAAUCAUGAGAUUGCGCUGGCGCCGACGCUGUUUAAUAGUACCUCGACGAGGGUGAUGGAGAUUGGGCGGGGGAAGGGGGCGGUGCCGGGGGUGACGAGGGUCGCGAAUCCGGUGAAGGCGACGGCUGGGUUGAGGGGGUGGAAUGCUUCGGGGGCGGUGGGGAGGAGGGUGGAGGGGGUGUGGAAGGGGGUGGUGGUUGGGGUGGUGGGGGUUGUGGUUUUGGGGAUGCUGUAG